AGCUGUUAACCAAUAUUGACAACUGAUCAACAGAAUUGGACACAUCUUCAAAUUUGCUUAGAAAUAUAUUAACAUUGCUAUGAACGAAGCACGAUUAGAGAUGAUGGAUGAUAGCAGUAGUUAUGUUGAGGGUGAAAUGACUGUACCUUCAAGUAAAACCAGUCACUUAGGAAAACCAGAAUUCAACACAUUGGAUGAACCUAUUAAGGAAACAAUUAUGCGAGAUGUGAAAGCUGUUGGAAUUAAAUUUGCUUAUGUUUUGUUUCCCAAGGAGAAAAAAACAUUAUUGAAAGAAUGGGAUUUGUGGGGACCUCUUGUUUUAUGCACCUUCAUGGCAAUGAUGCUACAAGAUUCUUCUGAUACAGUUAAUGAAAAUGAUGGAGGUCCACAGUUUGCUGAAGUGUUUGUAAUUGUGUGGAUUGGUUCCAUGAUUGUUACUUUAAAUUCUAAGUUACUGGGUGGCAACAUAUCAUUUUUCCAAAGCGUAUGUGCCCUUGGAUAUUGUCUGCUACCCACAACUAUAUCAUUGAUUAUUUGCAGAAUAAUCCUUCUUGCUACACAGACAUAUUUCUUAUUUUUUCUCAGAUUGUUUGUGUCAAUGGCUGGAUUUGUCUGGGCCACAUAUGCAUCUACAAUUUUUUUGGGAGACAGUCAGAAGGAAGGUAGAAAAGUAUUAGCAGUUUAUCCAAUUGGUUUAUUUUAUUUCAUUAUAUCUUGGCUUGUAAUUUCCCACACGAAUUAAGAUGAUUAUUGUUUUAUACUUGUAUAGAUUUUUCUAUUUUUAAUUUGUAUAUAUUUAUGUGUCCAGUAUGAA